AUGUCAACAACAUACCAGCAAUUGAGUUCCACGGGCAGCAAGAUCAUCCAUUUCCUAACCCGUUGCUCUUCCGCCAGUCACCUUCACCAAAUAGAAGCGCAGUUCAUCCUCCAGAGCCUCCAUGCCGAUACCAAAAUCGCUUACCACUACAUCAACGCCGCGGAACGCCUCUCCGUCCUCCAUCCAUCUCUGCCGCUCUUCUUGAUCCAUCUCCCCAAGCCCCAUGUCUUCACUUACAACACUCUCGUCAAGGCCUUCUCGCACUCCAAGGACCCUGGCCUCCCGCUUUCCUUGUACACCCAUAUGCUGCAGUGUUCUCUACUCCCCAAUAACUACACUUUCCCUUUCCUUCUCAAGUCCCUGUCCGACUUCCGACGCUUCAAGCAAGGUCAGUGUGUGCAUUCUCACCUAGUGAAAUGGGGCCAUCUGGGUGAUAUUUAUGUCCUGAACUCGCUGCUUAAUUUGUAUGCCUCCUGCGGGAGCAUGGACAUGUGUCGCAAAGUGUUCGAUAAAAUGUCCGACAGAGAUGUGGUGUCCUGGACUGUGUUGAUUAAGGGUUACGGAAAAUCUGGCAAGUUCGACGAUGCGUUGAUUGCUUUUGAGAUGAUGCCAUAUGAUGGCGUGGUGCCCAAUCACGUCACCAUGGUGAACGCGUUGGCUGCUUGUGCUGGUUCCGGGGCCAUUGAAAUGGGAAUCCGGAUACAUGAUUUUAUCACCGCGAGUGGGUGGGAGUUGGAUGUGAUUUUGGGGACUUCUCUGGUCGACAUGUAUCUGAAAUGCGGGAGAAUUGAGGAGGGAACAAGCGUGUUCAGAAACAUGAAAGAAAGGAACCUGUUUACUUGGAAUGUGUUGAUCAAAGGGUUGGGCUUAGCUAAAUGUGGACAAGAAGCUAUUUGGUGGUUUAACAACAUGGAGCAAGAAGGAUUGGGGAUUGAUGAGAUCACUUUGGUGAAUGUGCUUACUGCCUGUAGCCAUUCGGGUUUCGUUGACGUUGGAAAGCAGAUUUUCAAUUCCCUGCUUCAUGGGAAGUAUGGAUUUCCCCCAGGGCUAAAGCAUUAUGCUUGCGUUGUCGACCUCCUAGCUCGUGCAGGGUGCUUGUAUGAGGCUUUAGAAUACAUCAGAGAGAUGCCCUUUGAGCCAACGAAGUCCAUGUGGGGGUCUUUGCUGAAUGCUUGUAAAGAUCAUGGGAAUUUAGAACUUACCAAGUUCAUAGCUGAAAAGCUUGUGGAAUUGGAGCCUGAAAACAGUGCUUACUAUGUGGUUCUGGCUAACGCAUAUGCAGAGAUGGGAAGAUGGAACGAUGCUGCUGAAAUCAGGAAUAUAAUGAAAGAAAAGGGACUCAAGAAGGAGUUAGGCAGCAGCUUGGUCGAAUCAAAUGCUGGCGCACAGGUUGUGUGCUCUGCUGAUGGAGGAUACUGGGGGUGUUCAUACGGAUAG